AUGGGGAAUGGUGUCUAUGGAGAGCGGCCGUCACCUGCAGUGGGCGACAGCUACAUGAGGAUGGGGGCCCGUGUCUGGGUGAGAGAUAAGGAUCAGCUCCACCCCUCCACUGUCAGCCCCUGUGCAGAUGGCACCCUGCUCGUCAACACUGACUAUGGACAGGUGAUCUACCUGCAGCCAGGAGAGGUGAGCAGGGAGAAGGUGUAUCCCAUGCAUCAGAGCAGCAUCGAUGGAGUGGAAGACAUGUCUACGCUAGCGGAGCUGCAUGAAGCUGCUAUCAUGCACAACCUCUACCAGCGCUACCAGAAGGACAACAUAUAUACCAACAUUGGCUCCAUCCUGGCGGCGGUGAACCCCUAUAAGCCGAUCACUGGGCUGUACGACCUGGCCGCUGUGGAGCUGUACAGCCAGCACCACCUGGGAGAGCUGCCUCCCCACAUAUUCGCCAUAGCCAACGAGUGCUACCGCUGCCUGUGGAAGAGACACGAUAGCCAGUGUGUGCUGAUCAGUGGAGAGAGUGGUGCUGGGAAGACGGAGAGCACCAAACUGCUGCUGCAGUUCCUGUCAGUCAUGAGUCAGAACUCUGGAGGGACCCCACCCUCUGAGAAGACCACUCGCGUAGAGCAGGCCAUCGUGCAGAGCAGUCCCAUCAUGGAGGCAUUUGGAAAUGCCAAGACUGUUUACAACAACAAUUCCAGCCGCUUCGGGAAGUUCAUCCUGCUGCACUUUUCCCAGAAUGGAAACAUUCAGGGCGGGUCCAUCAUCGACUAUCUACUGGAAAAGAACCGUGUGGUGCGACAGAACCCUGGAGAGCGGAACUAUCACAUCUUCUAUGCGCUGCUGGCGGGAGCUGGGAAGGAGCAGAGAGAGAUGUUCUUUCUGACGGAGCCGGAGUCCUACCACUACCUGAGCCAGGCGGGCUGCGUGAAGGACCGCAGUCUGGAUGACAAGCAGCUGUUCGACAGCGUGAUGGAAGCGCUGAAGGUGAUGGAGUUCACUGAGGAGGAGAUCCGGGAUGUCUUUAAGCUGCUGUCCGGGGUCCUGCAGAUGGGGAACAUCGAGUUCAUGACAGCCGGCGGUGCGCAAAUCACCACCAAGGGAGUGGUCACUAACGUGAGUGACCUGCUGGGCCUGGACUCCUUCCAGCUGUCCGAGGUUCUUACCCAGCGCUCCAUGAUCCUGCGGGGUGAAGAAAUCUGCUCACCGCUGACCGUGGAGCAGGCAAUUGACUCCCGUGACUCAGUGGCUAUGGCACUGUACUCUGAGUGUUUCUCCUGGAUCAUCAUGAGAAUAAACCAGAAGAUUAAGGGGAAGGACAACUUCAAGUCCAUCGGCAUCCUGGACAUCUUUGGCUUCGAGAACUUUGAGGUGAACCGGUUUGAGCAGUUCAACAUCAACUAUGCCAACGAGAAGCUGCAAGAGUAUUUCAACAAGCACAUCUUUUCCCUUGAGCAGUUAGAGUAUAACAGGGAGGGCAUACACUGGGAAGCCAUAGACUGGAUGGAUAAUGCAGAGUGUCUGGACCUCAUUGAGAAGAAACUGGGCUUGUUGGCCCUUAUCAAUGAGGAGAGCCGAUUCCCCAAAGGUACAGACUACACACUGCUGGAGAAACUGCACAGCCGGCAUGCUGUUAACCCCUAUUAUGUGAAGCCGAGGGUGGCUGAUCACCAGUUUGGCAUCAAGCACUACGCUGGCGAGGUCCUGUAUGAUGUGAGAGGGAUUCUGGAGAAGAACCGUGACACGUUCAGAGACGACAUUUUAAAUAUGCUGAAAGACAGCAGGCUGGACUUUAUAUAUGACUUGUUCGAGCAAGUUGGCAGCCGGAGCAGUGAGGAGACGCUGAAGAUGGGCACUGCCAGACGCAAGCCAACCGUCAGCUCGCAGUUCAGGGACUCUCUACAUGCUCUGAUGGCCACCCUGAGCGCUUCUAACCCCUUCUUUAUCCGCUGCAUCAAGCCCAACAUGGAGAAGAAUCCAAACGUGUUUGACCCAGAAGUGGUUCUGAAUCAGCUGCGGUAUUCAGGAAUGCUGGAGACAGUAAAGGUCCGCCGGGCAGGAUUCCCUGUUCGCAGAACGUUUAAGGACUUCAUCAGCAGAUACAAGAUUAUCCUGAAGGACAAAAGCUCUGCUGCUGACGAUAAGCGCAAAUGCACAGACCUGCUCAGCCAUCACGACAGGGCCAAGAAAGAGUGGCAGCUGGGGAAGACUAAGGUGUUCCUGAAGGAAGCGCUGGAGCAGAAGCUGGAGAAGGAGAGGGACGAGGUGCGGCGGGCGGCCGGCAUGGUGAUCCGAGCCCACAUACUGAGCUAUACGGCAAGGAAGUAUUAUAAGAAGGCCCUGGCCAGCGUCCUCACCAUCCAGAAGAACUACCGCGCUCACUUCUGGAGGCGUUCCUUCCUCCGGCAGCGCUCGGCCGCGCUCGUCCUGCAGAGGCACCACCGCGGGCAGCUGGCCCGCAGGCGCUGCCGGAAGCUGCGUGAGGAGAGGAGGAGGAAGGAGGAGGAGGAGAGGAGGAAGAAGGAGGAGGAGGAGAGGCGCGGGCGAGAGGAGGCCGAGGCCCUGCGGGUCCGGCAGGAAGCGGAGAACCCGGAAGGGCUGAGGGCCGGGGAGGGAGACGACAGGAACAAGGUGGUAGCGGGCCUGCUUUGUCCCCAGGCCGGUGCUUCUUCGCCCCAGCCCCCGGGCGCGCGCUCCUCGGAGGAGGAGAGCCGUCAGAUGGAGGAGAUCCUGCGUCUGGAGCGGGAGAUCGAGCGGCUGCAGAAGCAGCGGGAGGCGGGCGUGUCGCAGCUAUGCGAGAGCUCCCGGAACGAGCUGCAGCAGCGCCGUGACGCCGAGAUACUGAGGCUGAGGGCUCCGCCCUCCCGUGUGGCCGCUGCGGGCCGGGACCAGCCCACCGAGGAAGAGGUGGACGAAGGCUUCCACGCCGAGGACGAGUGCAUCCCUCUCCCGGACUUCCCGCCCCCUGCGGAAGGCCUCCUGGACCAGGACAUCCUGUCCAACCUGCCCCCUCCUCCUGCUGCUUUUGCGGAGGGGCUGGUGUCAGCGCCCUCAAACGCACCUGCCGGCGCCACAGGUAUCCCUCCCCUGCCCACACCCCCGCCCCUGCCACCCGCUGCCCCGGGGGGUGAUAGCAGCCAGCCGAGCGGCGACCAGGCCAACAAGGACGAGGCCAAUCGGGACAGCCUGCCAGAUUCCGAGGAGCCCAUCUACAGCGUUCCACCGGACAUGGAGUCGGACUAUGACCACGACGAGCUGGAGGAGACGCUGGGCAGCUGUGGGGAUGUGGGCAGCACCAACGACAGCCACAUGACCGACGAGGAGGUCCUCCGCAAGUCCACCUGCACCUACAACAGCCUGGACUCCUACCGCGGGAGCUCCGACUCUUUUAUCGACAGCGAUGAUGACAACGAAGGAAACGCGGACACGGACGAGGAGGUGUCCAAUGGGAAAGUGAAUCUGCUGAAUGGGAACGGCCCGCCAUACUUCCACAGCUACCUGUACAUGAAGGGUGGGUUGAUGAACCCAUGGCGGCGGCGAUGGUGUGUAUUGAAGGAUGAGACAUUCAUGUGGUUCCGGGCCAAGCAGGAGUCCCUCAAGUCUGGCUGGCUGUACAAAAAAGGCGGCGGCCUGUCCACACUGUCCCGCCGCAACUGGAAGAUGCGGUGGUUUGUCCUGCGCGACUCCAAACUCACGUACUACGAGAACGACAGUGAGGAGAAGCUGAAGGGCACCAUCGAUAUCUGCACAGCCAAGGAGAUAGUGGACAAUCAUGAGAAGGAGAAUGCGCUGAAUAUCGUGACUGAGGAGAGGACCUACCAUGUGUUUGCAGAAUCCCCAGAAGACGCCAGCGGCUGGUUCAACAUCCUGAGUCGGGUUCACAGUGCCACACCGGAGCAGCUGAUGGAGAUGCAACAUGAGCAAGCCAACCCCAAGAACGCUGUGGGAACUCUGGAUGUUGGGCUGAUCGAUUCAGUCUGUGCCUCUGACAAUCCUGACAGGCCCAACUCCUUUGUGAUCAUCACAGCCAAUCGGGUGAUCCACUGCAAUACAGACCUGCCAGAGGAGAUGCACCACUGGAUCAGCCUGCUGCAGAAGCCCAAGGGAGAGUCCAAGAUCGAGGGGCAGGAGUUCCUGGUGAGAGGAUGGCUGCACAAGGAGGUGAAGUCUGGGGGGAAGAGCACAUCUCUUAAGCUGAAGAAGCGCUGGUUCGUCCUGACUAACAAUUCCUUAGACUACUACAAGUCCUCAGAGCGCAAUGCCUGCAAGCUGGGCACGCUGGUCCUCAACAGCCUCUGCUCGGUGAUGCAGCCUGAUGAAAAAGUCUUCAAGGAGACCGGCUACUGGAACAUCAUUGUUCAUGGGCGCAAACACUCCUACCGACUGUACACCAAGAUGCUGAAUGAGGCCAUGAGGUGGGGCUCCGCCAUUCAGGGCGUCAUCGACAACAAGGUGGCCAUUGAGACGCCCACCCAGCAACUGAUCCGCGACAUCAAGGAGAGCAGUCUGAACCCAGAGGCAGUGGAGCAGACGUACCGCAGGAACCCCAUCCUGAGAUACACCCAGCACCCCCUGCACUCUCCUCUACUGCCACUGCCGUACGGGGAGGUCAACACUAACUGCCAAAAGGAGAAGGGCUACGCCAGCCUGCAGGACGAGGCGGUGAAGAUAUUCAACUCCCUGCAGGAGAUGGAGGUGGUGUCGGACCCGGUGCCCAUCAUCCAGGGCAUCCUGCAGACAUGCCAGGACCUGCGGGCGCUGCGCGAUGAGGUGUACUGCCAGCUGAUCAAGCAGACCAACCACGUGCCCCAGCCCAACAGCCCCGCCAACUGCGCCCACUGGCACCUGCUCACCUGCAUGAGCUGCACCUUCCUGCCCAGCCGGGCCAUCCUGCGCUACCUCAAGUUCCACCUCAAGAGGAUCAGGGAACAGUUCCCUGGGACCGAGAUCGAGAAAUACGCCAACUUCAUCGGCGAGUCCCUGAAGAAGACCAAAUCCAGGGAGUAUGUGCCAUCUCAGGAGGAGAUCGCCGCCCUGCUGACCAGGCAGGAGAUGACCACAACGGUGUACUGCCAUGGAGGAGGCUCCUGCAAGAUCUCCAUCAACUCCCACACCACUGCCGGAGAGGUGGUGGAAAAGCUGAUCCGAGGGCUGGCCAUGGAGGACAGCAGGAACCUGUUCGCCCUGUUCGAGCACAACGCCACCACCGAUCAUGCCGUGGAGAGCCGCAUCAUUGUAGCCGAUGUGCUGGCCAAGUUUGAGAGGCUGGCAGGAAGUGAUGAGGAGGAGGAGGAAGGCCAGUGGAGGCUGUAUUUCAAACUCUACUGCUUCCUGGAUGUGGAGAGUGUGCCAAAGGAAGGUGUGGAGUUUGCCUUCAUGUUUGAGCAGGCCCACGAGAGCCUGAUUAGCGGUCACUUCCCUGCCCCCGAGGACACGCUGCAGCACCUGGCCGCCCUGCGUCUGCAGUACCUGCACGGGGACGUGGGCCGGGCCAGCUGGAACCUGGACAGCGUCUACCCCGUGGGGCGGCUGCGCUCGCGCAUCCUGCAGUCCACCAAGGCGGGCGCGGCAGGCGUGGUGGGCGGGGUCGUGGGGCCGGGGAUCCACCCCCAGGAGAAGCGGCGGCCCAGCUUCCUGGACGGGACGCUCCGGCGCAGCUUCAAGACGGGCUCGCUGAAGAAGCAGCGCGCGGAGGGCGAGCAGAUGCAGGAGAUGUGGGUGAAGGAGGAGACGUCCGCCACGCGCACCAGCAUCCUGGAGAAGUGGUCCCGCCUGCAGGGCAUGCCCCAGCACCAGGCCAUGCUCAAGUACAUGGCCAUCAUGAAGGAGUGGCCGGGGUACGGCUCCACCCUGUUCGACGUGGAGUGUAAGGAGGGAGGAUUCCCUCACGACCUGUGGCUGAGUGUGAGCGCAGAAAACGUGUCUGUGUACAAGAGAGGAGAGGCUAAGCCCCUGGAGACCUUCGCCUACGAGCACAUCGUCUUCUUCGGGGCCCCUCAGCCCAGCACCUACAAGAUCACCGUGGACGAGAGGGAGAUGUUCUUCGAAACCCCACAGGUUGGGGAGAUCACCAAGAUCAUGAAAGCCUACAUCAACAUGAUCGUGAAGAAGAGAUGCAGCGUAAGAUCGGUGUCCAGCUGCGGCAGCGCCUGGAUCAGGUGAUCGGCAAGCGGCGCACAGUAUUCUCACAGCAAGAGGAUUGGGCCAUUGCAAGAUGACAGAAUCAUGCAGCCAAUGGCAUGGUUCUGAAACGCCAACCAGAGUGUGGUCCAAAGCUGAUGAGAGGACGUCUCUUGACUUUGUUGGGCCAAAGUACUGAUAUGAACAGUGUCUUAACCCUGAGAAAUCUUUUGCUGCGUCUUUCACUACGUAUGCAAACAAUUAGCACAUUUUAAUAUAAGCUGUACUUAUAUGGCAACUUUGUUUUAUCUAGGUAACAAAAACAAACACACCAAAUGGAGCACAAUAGUAUAACUGGUCGCUAUCUCUACUCUUCUACUGCCAAAACCUUCACGGAAGAAUCUGCUUGCUUAACCUGGUCGCCCUCACAUUAUGCAAACUGCCCCUCAGGCUUUGAUGCUGUCUGAAUUUGUAAGCUCUAAUGGAGACCUGGAUGUAUCUGGUGGGUGCAGUGGUUUGAGUUCAGGCCCCGAUCAUGAUACUUUAGCUAUCCUGCCCACACCGUCACAUGUCCCUGCAGCUUUCCGUGGUCGGAGGCCCUCUUCUAGCACAGACGCCUGAUACCCACUCCCUUACUAAGCUUUUAAGCACUUCUG